AUGGAAGUGGAAAAUCCUACGGCGCACAUCCUGACUCUACAGGAACUGCGUGAACGUGAAUGCUUGCUGCCGGGAGAUGCCGGUUUAUUAAAAGGAGGCUCUUAUUUUAUCGAUCCAGUAGCUUUACUGAAGUGGGCGGAGCCAUGCUCAGUUACUUAUUGCAGUGAGUUGCGCACGCGAUUAUAUUCCAUCAACCCCCCGCAGUGCCGGAGGCUUCAUGUCCAAAUGAAAAUGGAAUCCUCGUCUCUUGAGCAACUUGUGGACAGUGUCAAGAGCGAGCUGUUGGCAGUGAAGACUGAAGGAGAUUUUUUGCAACAAGUGUCAAUGUCAGCUCUCCAAGGUAAUAAAAAACUGCAGAGGAAGAGGCGAUAUGAAGAAGAGGAUUCAGUGGAAGAGAAAGCAAUGGUACAUGUGGAUUCACUGAUAGAUCUGGAUGGCUCCAAAGUGAACUCGGACUCGGAUAACUCGGAGUCUGACUCUGAUCUGAAUAGGCCAGAGACUGACUCGGACUCUUGCAGUUCAAAGGCUGACUCUGAAUCUGAGCAGCCAGAAAGUGACUCCGAAUCAGAUAGGACAGAGACCCUCUCUGACUCAGAUGGGUCUGAGACCCUCUCUGAAUCGGAUGUUACAGAUACCAUCUCAGAGUUGGACACAUCCGAAAAUGUCCCCCCAUUGGCCAUGUUAGUGAAUGUCACAGGGUCAGAUGGGUCAGAGACGGCCACAUAUUCAGACAGCUCAGACAGCGAUUCAGAUUAGGCCAGAUCUGAAUAGGUGUGAGCUGACUGUGCUUUAGGUUGCUGUGUAUUUAAACUGACAAAGCUUUUUUUAUAAUAGGAAGGAGACAUAGUCAAGUGGUAAAUUGAAUUAAAAGAACACCUUGCUUUUUUGAGAGGUCCUGAACAAGCAAACUGUCAUUCCCAGCUACACUCUUAAAAAACAAAGGUUCUAAACCUUUGCACACCCCAGUAAAUGCCAUUGUGGAGCCAUUAUUUUUAAGAAUGUAGUUUUAAAAACAAGUACAAAAAUUGCAGUGCAAAAUCCAGUUUUUAGAACUGCUCUGUCCAUACCAGUCCCAUUACUCGAUGUGUAGUGGAAAAAAGGACAGCUUUACUCUGACACCAGAGCAUCUGUGAGUUUCUUCUAUGUUAUAUAACAUGUUUGCAAAAACUGCAUCACAAUAACGAGGUUUACUUGGUAUUUUUAAACGCUUAAGUCCGUCACUGUAUUUGGAGGUGUAUGCAGUUUUGUUUCAAUUUUGUGUUUAUGCAACAAGUUACAAUUCAGGAGAAGAUAGACUACCAGAAACAUAAAUAUGAUAUGUGGAUCAUCAUUCUAAGCCAAAAGCAAUUAUUAAACAAAUCUCUCUUGCUGCCGAUCUAAGAUGUUCUUUGUUUAAAAAGUUCUUGUUUGAAUAAUAGUUAAUCAUAUGUAAUAAGAGUCCUCCAUGGUCGUACUUGAUGUGAGUGGUCCAUGAGGAAUGCCUGAAUUUUAAAGGCACAUGAUAAUCAAAAGUUCAUAGCUGGUUUACCAUUUGCAGCAGACUAAACACUUAUCUUAUCUCAGUGUAAUUUAUGGUUGAACACUUUUGGAUUUUUACUAUA